UGGCUUUGCACGUGGCAAACUGGAGAGAAGGAAAUCGGUUUGCACCGGUGGCAAGCAAAGCAGAAAAAGCUGUUAAGGUUCAUAUAUAUAUAUAUAUUAGCAGCUCAGGUCUGGGAGUGAUGUUUCUGCUGUACUAUCUGGAUGAACGAGGAGACAGGGUCUAUACCCUCAAGAAGGUGGAUCCCUCUGGCCAGCCGACAUGUUCAGCUCAUCCGGCCCGCUUCUCCCCAGAUGACAAAUAUUCCCGACACAGGAUCACCAUCAAGAAACGCUUUGGUGUCCUGAUGACCCAGCAUCCUCCGCCUGUUGUGUAAAACCGUGAACCUUUCAUGCCAGCUGGAACCUUUGCAGCCUAUCAAGACGAGAUAAGGUUCUUCCAAAGCAACCUUGAAGAAGCUGACACAGGAAACAACAGAUAACGCUUUCUGCAUUCCACUGUGCCCCUAGGACUUUUAUAGAGUUCCACUAUUGGCGUUUUGAAACUCAGCUUCAUUCUCAUGAUAGUGUAUGGAAACAACAGGACACAUGUGCAUUCUGCUUGAAUUCUUUCUAUUGCAUCUCUCUGUGUGAUUUUGAAAAUAAAAUGAAUUCUUCCAUUGC